GUAGCUCAUAUUCCUAGAGAGAAAGGUGGCAGGGGAAGUAAGCAGACCAGCGAGCCAGGUCUUAUGGAUCAUAGAGCCGUGACGGGAUAACGUAGUCAGUAUCGACUUGCUAGUAACUACCACCAACCAACCAACAACGCACCACCAUUGGAUAGGGGUAGAAACUGUCUUACAUGCGGUGUGUUGGUUUCAACUCUCUUCCGGUAGAAGCUAUGCUAUGAGACACACUUUUACUACAUACUCCAUCAACUUGUGAUUUUGAUUUCUAUCUAUUCUUUUGUGAGAUGAGUCUCUCCGGUGGACACAUCGACUCUCAGCAGAAUUCAGACAUGCCGGUGUCUGCCCACCACUCCAAUGCCCGCCACCACCACCCUACUCUUCUGAUCAGGACCGAAAAGCCCUACCCACGGACUCCAAAAUGUGCCCGGUGCCGAAACCACGGUGUAGUCUCAGCACUCAAGGGUCACAAGAGGUACUGUAGAUGGAGGGAUUGUGUUUGCGCCAAGUGUACUUUGAUAGCAGAACGUCAACGUGUCAUGGCAGCCCAGGUAGCAUUGAGAAGACAGCAAGCACAGGAGGAAAACGAAGCCAAAGAAUUAGGGCUUUACUACGAAACAACUGACGGGGCAAUCUACGCGAUGAACGGCGUAGCUGUUCAGACUCAUAAGCCGUACGACCAGUACCACCGUAGCGGUAGCCCUGAAUCUAAACGGCCUAGAUUAGAAAUUAUUCGAGCUCCGACCAGCCCAACAGCUAGCAGCACCUCUGCAUUGAGUCCACCCAACCCCAUCUCGCCAAACCUUUCCGUUGAGCCACACACCAGAGCAGACACCGAGACAAUAACACAGAGACAUAUGGAUGAGCGAGUAUCCCCUCCUAUGAAGUUGACCUCAUCACCCACGCCAAGCCCGAGGGGUGGGGAUAUGCCUCUAAGCCCCCGGUCUGAUGGUAGUGGACGUAUGCUCAGGGAAGACUACGAGAGAGAGGGUUACCGAGAGCAAAAUAGUGCUGGGUUCAUGGAGCAGCUUUCCCCGGCCCAGCUUCUUAGUACCUUCCACAGUCGGAAAGGACCCCAGCGUGCUCCAGUUGACGUACUCUGUCGGUUGUUUCCAGCGCAAAAACGUAGUGUGCUUCAACUCGUCCUACAAGGAUGCAGUGGUGAUAUCACACAAGCUAUUGAGCAGAUACUGAAUAACCAACGAGAGGAAGCAUCUAGCGGACCAGUCACCACAUCUAUGCCGACACCUUGCUCUCCUGUCACGGCAUCAUUACCGGCAAGUUUCCCUCCAUCAGCCACAGUCACAACAGACUCUCACGGUGCUUAUAUUGCUCAUAGACCGUAUCUACCUAAUAGCCAGCAUUUAAACCCAGGCGGUAUGAAGUCAGCAUUCUCCCCGUUGACCACUGCUAUGCCAAUGCCGAAUAUGGACAAAGCACCCUCUUCAGUUGUUGCUUCAAAUAUCCCCCAGAUGAGGUUUGCGUAUCCACCUUACCCCCGAGGUUUAACCCUGUGGAACCCUUAUCAACCCACUGUUAUACCCACAGCAUUUGGGGUACGCCCAGCAACUGCCGCCGAGUAUACUUUUAGUGGUAUCAUGCGAGAUUUAAGCAAUGGACAUGGAGGUAAAGACUGUCGACCUAAUGGAGCUUUCGGUGUUGGUGCUACUUGUGACUAGAACAAGUAUUUCUUUCAAAAGUUAAACAGAACGUCAAUGUUUCCCCUCUCAAAUAUGGACAAGCUUCAGCAAAGACAUAGUAUACUAAUUUAGAAAAAGGGUGUCAACUUUAUUAAUUUAUUUCGAUUGGACAUUUCUCUUUUGAUAAUGAGAAUUACCAAAAGGUUUUGUGAAAUGUACGACUCUUGUGUAUUCAUUUCAACAUCCAUACUGACGAAACAGCCGUUUUAUCAAUUUGUCGCUAUAUGUUAAUGUUAGCAUGGCAGUUUUUCCUAUAAAAACUUGAACAAAACCCUGUGUUACUUGAGGUCACAACCUUUGUCCACGGUGUCAAAAAAGAAAAAUAGUGUAUAAUUGUAGAUUUUGUACAAGUCCUUGUGAAUUACACGAUGGAUAACAUUUUGGGAUUUAAAAAGACGCACAGUUGAUGUUUUUUGUGUUCUAACAAUUUGUCAAUGUACAGUAUAUGCACAAUAAUAAUAUAUCUUCCAUAUUAUGGUACCCGUAGUUCACUUUAACAAUGUGGAAAAUGGUGCAGUUGUUGUAUUCGCAAAGCACUGUAUUCAUCAAAUCAAAGAGGCGGUUUUUCCAAAAGAUUUGAACUACGUGACCUAUUAGACAAACUAAUGCACUCGACAAUGUCAUUUCAUUGAUAUUGCAUUGCUAUCGGUCUGCAUUCAGGGUUAGGUGCUUGCUCUCUGUAGAAUGUAGGGUUAAUUUCAACAUCCACUUUGAUGUAGAAGUCAGACUCAUGCCGGAUGUUCACUUCAUGAUUUUCAUUGGUGGAGAUUGGGCGACAUUUGACACUCGGUGUCACUUGAAUGGUGUCGUAAAGCUUGUAAGACUGUUUCGGUUAUGGUAGCUUUUAUAGCUUGGGUGUUUAAGGUCACGUCCGAGCAUUAAUGGCUUCAUCGGUGGCUACUGCUGGAACGCCAGAGUCUUAUUCUUCAAAGCUACCAUAUCAGCCAUCAUGCAUAGCCAUAGCCGGUCUUACAGUCAAUGCUUGCGUUGUUUGACAUAGUCCGAAUCAAACGAGGAUUCUAUGUUAAAAGCUCGUCAUGAAACUCCCUCAAAUGCGUUUUGAGUUCUUCAGUAAUCGGAGCUUUGGGUAAAAAAUAAAUAGAUGGUAACGGACAAUGUACCUCCAACCUCACUCCGUAUUAAUAUGUACGUCACUGUAUAAUUGCACUGUGUCGUUUAGAGUCCUGUAUUUCAUGUACAACCAUCGUGUCAAUUGUAGUCUGGUUCCCUAUAUUCGACAAUGCUAAAUCUCAUUAUUGGGCCACCACUCUUUGAGCACCAGCAGCUCCUGUCUUUUCUAUCGUGUAUAAAAUAAUGUACUUUAUGUGUAUAAAUCGGUCGCCAUUUUGUUUCGGUUUUCAUAAGAAAUGAUGAAAUCAACGGGUGUUUUCGAAACUGCGAUUCUGGCUCAGGCUCCUAGACCUAGUCUGCUGUGUCGAACAUUCUGGAGCCAGCCCCAACGCCUCUAGCCUGACCCUGAGCCAGAACAACGGACUCCAAACAUAUUCAUAAAGUCCAUAACUUACAUCUCAUCAUUGAAUCUGGGAAAUAACUAUGUUUAUGUUAAGUUGUUUUGUGCAAAAGAAAUGGUAGUUAAAAAAAACGGCAAAACACAUAAUCUUCAUUAACAAUCGAAAUGUCAAACUUGCUCUCAGUGGCAACCAAACAAAUGAAAUUUUGUUUUUCAAAGCUUUCUUUUUAUGUUGCAAAAAAAAGCAAAUUUGUCAAUAUUUCGGCACAAUGAAAUCGUUUGCAUUAAAGUAGUUAUUAAUGUGGAUGAAGUUCUAUUUGAGCAAAGAAUUCCGUUCGUUUGAAUUCCGUUCGGCUGAAGUUCAACUUGCUUUCUCUUGUUUUCUUUCUCUUAUAAAUGAUACGUACACCAACAUUUUGCAAACAGUUCCUUAAUCUAAACCUUGAUCUAACUUUCAAAAAAACAAAAACAAAUAUGUUGACAAAGAUAUCGUACACAAUGAAAUAUUAAUCGUUUCAGUGAGUCUCCCGCCGAUGGAAAUUUUAUGAAUUAAUUUAUAAAAGCCAUGUUCAGUUCAUAAAUGAUUAAUUUGUGCACAGUUGUGUUAUGAAUGUAUGAUAUUGUAUGUACAUAUUUAAGAAUUAAAAAAAAAAACGAUUUUAUAUCUGCUCUUUAGGAAGAAACAUCAACAGUGGAAUUUUCAAAGGAUACGACAUUUAAUUAUUGGUAUAAGGGGCAAGUUAGAGUUAUUCGCUUUCUUCAAGAUUGAAGGUUUUUUUUUUUAAACAAACAAAAAUCUAAGCAACCUUGUGUAACAUCAUUGGUUUGUUUUUUGCCUGGUGUUUUAUUUUGUUUUCAGUGAGUUGGCGAUAUCACCAGAGCAAACUGUAAAAGAAAUCAUGUAAUAAAAUAAAGCUAUGAUUAAAAACGAAUUCACACAAUCAAGGUCCCUGAACUGAACCGUGUUUGUAGGGAUGUCAUUUUUUGCUUUUUAAGUCAAUCAAGAAAAAAAGAAAAAAAAUAAGCAAAAUGUACCCCAAAGGUUUUGGAUUUUUAUUGAUCGUCAAAGUUUUUUGUCCAAUCUUGAAUGUUUUUUCUACUUCUAUAAUCUAAUGUAUGGUCAUAAAAAUGAAACAAAAACUAUUGUCGACAAAUCCCCCCAAAAUAUGUCUGCGGUUGAAAUGCCCAAUGCCCUAAUCUAUGUUAACUAUUCAAUAAUUUACCAGAAAUCAGUGAACAUAGUUCACUGUGCAUUGUUUUAAUUGAUUAAAAUACAAAUCAUAUAAUCCGCGAAAGAUUUUGUAAAAUUUUACUUGAAAUAUGUGUAAUAUAAUUUAAAAAUUAUUUGAAUUACUCUUGGAGAUGAUUGGUUAGAAGUCGUCCCGCCAUUGUGAGUGAUUAAUUAUUUAAAUUAUACAAAGGAACUAUUUACUUGUUUAUUUACCACCGAUUUGAUUUACAUUACUUCGUAAAUUUAUAUGACAUGUUUUCCUUUUUGGUACGAAUCAUAAUAUUGCACUGUGAUAAUUGUAUUUAUGCCAAAGUGGUUUAGCUAUUCUCACUUGAACCCUUUUUUGCUAAAUCAGUCUGAUUUGAAUGAAACUGCCCGAAUUGACUCUUCAUUUAUGAAAUAUAGAUAUGAAGGAGAAGUACUCAGAGGAGUCCCAGUGAACAGAAAAUGUUAUUGAUAUUAAAAAAUGUGAGCUUAUUGAGAGAUUUAAAAUAAAAACAAUUCUUACACAAAACCGCUCAAACUUAAAUUUGAUUUCUGUUUUGUUGAAAUUGCUGCAUUGUUGAAACAAAUCAGAACGAUUUGGCAUAACACGUGGGACAAUCACGACACCAAAUGCUUACUCAAAACUGAAGAAUGAAACCAUAUAAGCUAGCAGCAUCUUGUCUGACCAAAUUAUAUGUACAUGUAAUGUCUGAGAAGCAAAAGUGUUGGGACUUUGUGCCAAAGAUUCCAUUUCGUUAAUCUGUUAAGCAUAGCCACUUACCAACAUACUAGAGCACCAAUCGCAACAUCGUGAAUUACAUGGCACUUUGGCUAGUAACCUUUGUUUGCUUAGCAGCAUUUCGUGUUCUUAAUACUUUUUGUUCUGCUUACAUUUGGCCUUGUUUGUUGUUUGGAUUGCCACUCCCAACCGGUUAUCGAUAUUCUAUCCAUGCUAUUACGUCAUUAAGUCACAAAGGCCGAUUUCAAUCAUGCAAAUUAAUUUGCAGAUCUGUUAUUUUAUUGUUGUGAAUUUUAAAACCCAUUGUUUUAAAGCCUCUGGGGUGCAGUGAUGAACCACUGCUGGAUAUGUUAAUUGUAUAAGAGUUCAAAGAUGUUUUGUGUAAAUUUCCUAAAUAAAGGUAAGAG